AUGGUUGGCGGUGCUCCCAUCUCUGCAAACCCUCUCAAACUCGAUGUGCGAAGCCACGCCAAAUGCCUCGUCCUCUGUGUGGUUGCGACGCUGUCGACGUUCCAGUAUGGUCUGGAUUAUGCACUCGUCGGCGGUUUCCUGUCCAUGCCAGGCUUUUUGGAGGUCUUCGGCUACUACUCUGAAGACCUAGGGAGAUGGAACAUCGAUCCGACAGUGCAGCAGCUCAUUUCGUCGCUGAUGACCAUCGGCACGUUCCUGUCCUCGCUCUUGGUCGGCCCAUUCAGCAUGAAGUUCGGGAGGAGGCAUGGGCUGUGGGCAGCAGCCCUUCUCAAUUACAUUGCCACGGCCAUCCAGCUGGGAACCACUAGCAAGGGAGCGCUCUACUUUUCUCGACUUCUUCUGGGUGUAUCCGUCGGCUGGUUCUUGACAUUCGCCCAGCUGUACGUCCACGAAGCCGCCCCAGCUCACUUGCGCGGUAUUGCGUUCGCCGUAUAUCAAGUCAUGCUUUCUAUUGGUUCGAUCGUCGGAGCCUCCGUCGACUUUGGCACACACACCAUGAAAGGCCGAGACGCGUACCAGAUCCCCUUGGCAAUUUUCUUUGUGGCGCCGACGCUCCAGUCUGUGCUCAUGUACUUCUUCGCUCCAGAGUCUCCGAGAUGGUUGAUGACACAACGCAAGGAGGAGGCUGCAGAGGCGUCACUACGAAGGCUACGAAACUCGAACAUCGACGAGCUCGAGUUCCAGGCGGAACUGAAUGAGAUCCGACAGUCGACUCGUGAACAGCUGGAGCAGAACAAGAAAGCCUUGUUCUUGGAGAUGUGGCGUGGCACAAAUUUGCGGAGGACACUGCUCUCUAUCGCUGUUGUCUGUUUUCACUCUGCCAAUGGGUAUGUCUCCUGGAUCACGAUAUACACCACAUACUUCUUGCAGAUUGCUGGCGUUGAGAACGCCUUUGCGUACUCAGUUAUGGUCACCUGUAUGGGUUUGCUUGGCGUUCUGGUCAGUUUCUGCUUUGUGCGACUGGUCGACCGCCGUACGGUGAUGUUGAUUGGAAUCACUGCAUGUGGAAUCUGUCAGCUUGUUCCUGCAAUUGCUUGGACCAAGAGUCCGGGUACUGAAGCCACAGGAAAGGUCGUCGUGGCAUUCAUCUCCUUGUUCACGUUCUUUUAUGUGGCAUACGCUCCAUAUGCAUGGCUUCUCGGAGGCGAGUACGUCAACAACCAUCUCCGAGCCUUCACAUUCGGCCUAGCAACGGCAAUGAACUUUCUGGGCAACUGGGGAGGAACUUUCAGCGCUCCGUACUUCAUCAAUCCCGCAAAAUUUGCCUGGGGUCCAAAAUAUGGCUACAUUUGGUUUGUUUCCAACAUGGCUUGCGUCGUGUUUACGUGGUUCUUCCUCCCGGAAACACGGGAUCGGACACUGGAGGAGAUUCACGAGAUGUUUGAGGCCAGGGUUCCGGCCAGGAAAUUCAAGCAUUAUGUCUGUGCAAAUGUCGAGAGUUAUGCUGCGGAGGCGAUGGGCCAGGAAUUGGGUGAGCGAAAGGCUGUCGAGGCCGCACAUGUCGAGGAGCUGCCAGAAAGCAAAGCAUGA